AUGCAACUACGUGCCCCAUAUACAGUUAGACUAUUUUGCCUUAUCUCAAGUGCUGUCCUACUUUUAAUUUUUUUUCGAGCUUCUUCUAAUUAUCCCUCUCCCAAAACCAUUCAAUUCAAUCAUCAGAAUGGAUCAAUUGGCCAUCAACUAUUUUCCCUGUUUUCUCAUAUCGGUGUUGCUCGAACAAUUGGUCGGAUUCCAGUUAUCAAUACAGUCAACAACUCGGCGUUGAUCGAUCAGCUGUCGAAAGUUGUGGUCCUUCGAUUUCCGUCGAUUCUUCAACAGUUUUCAAUUGUUAUCCAACCUAUAACACCAAUAAAUGGAAGACUCGGGACAAUCGACACUCCUUAUGAAAACCCGAUCAAAGAAUUCUCAGAAUACGCAACAUUGAGUAUCAUGGUUGAUGGAAACGGCUUCAAAAGCUACAAAUACUUUAAUCAAAUUCGUUCUGAAAUUCGACUCUGGAUGAUGGGAAACGCUGAAAAUGUACAAGAAGCAAGGAACUUAAUCACUGAAUCUCUUCGGGAUAACUUCAAAUUCUGCGUUCAUACAACUCCUGAGACACAGAAGAACUUCACCAUCAAAGUUGUUUCACAAGUUCUGAAUCAUUAUACCAAAGAAUCAGAGAAAGUGAUGCUAGUGGUCUCAGCAACAGAUCCUAAAUUCUCUCGUCAAGUGUUUCAAGAUCCCAGAAUCACCAAAUUUGACAUUGAGAAGUUUUCCCUGGUCAGUUCUCCUCCAGAACUUCAACUAACAUUCUCUAGACUAUAUUGUGACGCUGUAUUAGUGACAUCUCCAUAUUCAACUUUUGGAUGGUGGAUGGGAUAUUUGGCAAGAGAAGAGCACAGUCCAGUUUUCUAUUUGGAUCCAGAAGCCUUCCCAGAACACAAAGAGAUCAAUCCUCAUGACUAUUUCCCGAGGCAUUGGAAAAAACUGGUCAAUACUAAGAAAACUUCAUGA